GGGCGGGAUCACAACAGAAUGAAAAUGUUCAAAGCGUGUGUGCAUUGUCGUGUCUAAUUUUCGCAACAUUUGUCCGUUUACCGCUAUGCCAAUAGUUUUAUUACCAUGGCGCACUUUAAUUUUGGCGCAUGUGUCGUAGUUUUACUCAGUGCUGUUUUGGUGGACUCGUCAAAGCUGAAUGUUCCAAGAGUCCUCCUUCCCCUAUUCAAUGAUGUUUCUACCAAUUUUACUCUAGAAGUCACUGAUGGUGGCUGUUAUAAGUGGACUCUGUCUCGUGAAGAUGUAAUUCAGCUAACCCCAGUAAAUGUGCAGCCGGGCACUCAGUGCUCUACCCAAGUGCUGCUCUCACCCAUCACCAAAGAAAGGAAACGGAACACUGUGGUUGUCUUUGCAGAAGAAGUUCGCUCUCGACAAAUUAUCCCCUGUGAUGUAGAUGUCGAUGUCAUUGACACCCUGCAAAUUGUUACUAGGACCCGAGAACUAUAUGUUGAAGAAGCUCCUCAGCGGUUUGAAGUGAGCGCGUAUGAUGACCAAGGAAACCAGUUCACAACCCUCUUGGGGGUGGAAAUGGAUUGGGUUGUUUCUUCUGUCGGCACUAGUGGAAUUGUAAGCUUCAUGACUUUUAAAGAAUCUCCUUAUGAUACCCCUCCUAGUGUUGCUCAAUUUGAUCAAAUUGGUGUAAGAGGACAUAUUAUACUAUUGGAAGGAAUCAAAACAGGAACUGCUAAGGUGUCAGUCAAGCUUCCUCAAAAGGAAUAUGCUCAUAUUAAUCCAGUUGAAGUCCAAUUGAUGGUUGUAGCCAAUUUACUGAUAGAUCCAGCUGAUGUGUACUUACUGCCGGGUGAUACCAUUAAGUAUAGGAUCCUUCAGAUCCGCCAUGGUAGAAUCCAUGAGAUUCAACUUCCUUCUCAGCAGUAUUAUUUGGAGAUUGAAGACAGUGAAAUUGCCAGUAUUGAUUCUUAUUCUUCAGAGGCACAUGCUUUGGUUGUUGGUCGUACUAAAGUUUCUCUCCGUGACAAGAAUGUUGACCCUAAUGUGUCUGGAGUUCGAGUCCCUCAGGCCACUCUUAAUGUUGCCCUCCCAGCUUUCAUCCACCUUGUGUUAUUGCCUCAUCGUCAUUGGUCAGUCCUUGUGGAGGACACUCACGCUAUUACGGUUGAGGUAUUUGAUAGGUCCAAUCACAAAUUUUACAUCAAUGGCGGGCGAGUAGAUGUAACUGUACCCAAGGAGCAUUUUCUUGUUGAAUCUACAUCCUUAAAUGGGACUUACAAUGUAGGACGGGCAGUGAAACCUGGCACUGCUCGUGUUCAAGCAGUCUUGACAGGUGUUGUGUCUCCCAGUGGAACUGAAUACCCUUUACUCGAUAAGGUAUCAACAGAAGAAGACAUGCUCAUUUAUCCUAGGAUGGAAAUUCAUCCCAAAAAUGUUGUCUUGCCCUGGGACCCUCGUCUUCGGUCUAGGUAUGAAGUGCCUCUAAUUUGCAAGGGAGGAGAUGGUGCUUUUAUUUGGAGCAGUGGAAAUACAUCUGUAGCAACAGUUUCUGCUUCUGGAUUGGUUCGCACUUUGACUCUUGGCCAGUCAACCAUCACUGCUGUUAUGUUGAACAACCCACAUAAUCAAGCCACAUCUUCAGUCACUGUUCUUCCCCCUAGCAGACUAGCUAUUUUAGAUGCAGGUCUUGAAGCUGAAAUUGGAGCACCUAUUUACCUACAAAUAGCCAUAUUUGCUAAAGCAGUCUCUGAUACGGAACAAAUCCCAUUCACAAUGUGUCAGGACUUGCCUCUGACAGUGACAAUUUCUGAUGAUAAUUUUGUCCGAGAGGAGUCUUUGCAGGGUUCUCUCAUAGAUGGUGCUUGCACCAUUGUUCCCAUUUUAGGGAAAUCGUUUGGGUCUGCAAGGGUAACUGUGUCAUACCGGGAGGGUGACAUUUUCCUGGAGGAUAGCGCUAUGGUGGCAGCGUUCCGCCCCCUGACAGUCCUCCAUCCACCCUCUGCAGAGACCGUUCUGGCACUUGGAACCUCCAGGCAACUGGUCUUUGUGGGUGGCCCUCGGCCUUGGCCGGGCCGUGCGGCCGAACACGGAAAGAGCAUGGCACAAGGAGAUGCCAAAGCUAAGAAGGAACUUUUAGAGAUUGCAGAAAUGCCCAAUUUAUCAACGGACAUUCGGGACAGAUAUGUUUACACUAUACUCUGCAGAGUUUUAGGAGAAACUAAAGUUACUCUCUCAGUGUUCAGUGAAGGAAGAUCUGGAGAGAGAAUUCAAUCAUCAGCUUCUGUUAAAGUGUUUUGUGCGAAACCGAGAUUUGCAUCCUUGAAAGCUGUUCUUCAAACUGAUGAACAUUCAUCGUGUCCAAUGAAUGUGAAUGCUGAACGAGUUGCUGUUCAAAGCUCUAGGGACUUGCAACUAGAACUUCAAGUGACUGAUGUUCAUGGCAGGGUUUUUGACAAUGUAUCUUCCAUUCAUAUGGAAUGGACAGCCAGCCCCAACAGUCUAAGCCAGUUUUCCAACAAGGAUGGCACUUUUGCUGAGCAUGUUGAAGAAAACGGACUCAUUUUACCAUUGCGAUACUAUCAGAUUGUACAACCAUUCGGAGAAACAGGAGCUGUCGAUGUCUCAGUUCGGUUGACUGGAUACAGGUCAGCUGUGCUGCGACCUAAACAGAUCACACCCGAGUGGCCUCCGUUUGGCAUCAAAGGAGAAAAAGGCUCAGUUACUCCAGACAUCAGAGCUUCUCUAAGCUUGCUUUUUGUAAGCGAUACUCUAGUCUCCCCAAACCAAACCACACUCUUCAACCAUCCUAAUAGCCAAUUAAUUCUCCAUGUGAGUCAGGGGUCUGGAUUCUUUGAACCGCAGCUAGAAAGUCAAGAUGUAGCUAGUGUUCGUUACUUGGAACAUUCCCAGACCCUAGAAGUUAGACCAAUAUCAACUGGUGUUACACGGUUUGGGUUAGUGGACUUAUGUUUGCCGUCAAGGCCUGCAAUAGUCUCCAUCACAGUUGUCGGUGUUCAUAGUCUAGUUCCUGAUGUGGCAGACUACUUGCAAAGAGGAAAGCAAACAUUGUGCACUGUUCAUAUCAUGGACACUAUGGGUAAUCCCCUCCAACUCCCAGAUUUGUCCCAGUUGGAACUGCGCCCUCAGUUGGAAGGCAGCUCUUUCUCUAUUAUUAGUAUUAAGGAAUACCAAUCGGAUCCCAAUGUCGACAAGCUUUUGGGUGUGAAGGGACCGCCAGCACCAGGAGAAUUCCGUUUCAUAAUUCAAGGGCUGACUCUUGGUGAUGCCUCUCUUCAUUUCACUACUGGCUAUGGACCCUAUGAAGUUCGCAGCCCCACUGUGUCCAUUCAGGUGUUUGACCCUCUUCGUCUCUACCCUCGUAACAUGACCCUUUUGGUUGGAAGUCAAAUGUCAGUGGGAGUGUCUGGUGGUCCCAGCCUGGGAUUGCAACUGGAAUUUUCAGUUUCUCGUUCUGGCUUUGUCCAAGUAUCUGAUUUAGGAACUGUCGUUGGAGAAAAAGUUGGAUAUACACAACUGACUGGCAGAGCGGUUGGUGUGAGCAAAGUUACUGGCAACAAAAUUGUAUUUUCUCAGGACACAAUUGAUGUUCAUGUGGUUCCUCUUACUGGUGUGCGCAUUGAGUCUCCUUUGACUCGCCUUAAAGUUAAUGCAAUCAUGCCUGUGUGGGCAAAUGGACUUCCAGACCCUUUGAGCCCUCUAGUCCUCGGUACAACAAAACCAGCUUUGGCAUUCGAAUGGGAUUUGUCUUCUCGAGAGGUUGCAGAAGUAAUAGAUGUCUUAGUGGACACAGGGAUGGAGGUGACUGAUGAGCAACGGAUUUCAAUCCGGAUCAGAGCAUUAUCUCCUGGCAAAACAACUUUGUCUCUGUCUGUUUUCGCGCCGGCAUCUAUGACGGGCUCUGCUGCGGGUGAACUCUUUGAAGAAACGCUCCAGCUGGAAAUUUAUGAAGAACUUCGACUCACUCAACCUCUCACAAUAGCUGAGAAAGAUUUCUCUGGACUUCUUAUUGCACCAGAAACUCAAAUGCAGCUUCGUUCAAACCGGGAUGGAUUAUCAAGGGUCUCUUACAGCUUGCAGGGUCACCCUACAUCAACAAAUGUGGAUAUGAAUGUGCGUGAUCCAAGCACUAAUACUGCUUGGACUGAACAGAAUUCAAUUUUGACCCUUUCUAAUAAUGGCUUUUUGACAACUCACACUUCCACUGGAAGAGCUGCAGUUGUCAUUUCAUCAAUUGAUGAAACUAAUGUUCGGCAAUCUCUUGGGCUGAGUGUAGAGGUCAAACCUGUUCACUAUAUCAUGACAACUGUGCGAUCAACUCUGCACAUAUCUCCAGGUGUUCCAGCAAAAGCAUUGCCCAAAGGACUUGAAUUACAGUUGGAAGUCACGUAUCAUGACAAUACUGGAUCAGUUUUUGCUGCAACUCGAUCAGAUGUAAAUGUCAGAGCUAGUCGUGCUGAUUUGGUUCAAAUGCGACGGCCUUCUGAUGCUGAUCAGCUGUCCAGUAACUCCACUUUCUUCUCAAAUCUGGUUCACUCUGGCGAGACUGUUCUAAAAAUUUCUGAUAACUUAACACCAUCCCAAGCAUCAGAUUACAUAAAGCUACCCAUUGAAGAAUUUGUUUACCCACCUAAGUCCAAAGUUGCUGUUGGAGAUUAUGUAUGCUUUUCUAUGCCCCUGGAGUUACCAACUGGGGAAUCUGGCCUGUGGUCCUCAGACAACUCGCAGAUUUUGUCUGUAGAUCAUGAUUCUGGUCUGGGCCGAGCUCGCGUUCCCGGUGGACCUGUGUAUGUAAAAUAUCAUCUUGCCGGCCAUGUUGUCUCAAGCACAGAAAUUGAAGUGAGCCCCAUAUCAUCGAUGGCCUUUGUCAAUAACCUGGGUAGUCCUCUGUUCUGUGGAGAUACCCACCCAGAGGAGGUGUACAGAGUAGAUUUGAUAUUGUACAGCGAGAGCGAUGACACAAAAUCGAGUAAUGUGCUUGUUAAAAACAAGGAGGCCAGUUGCCUGCAGCCUGGCGUCGUCUCUCCAUCUUCGUUCCCUUUCACUUGUGAGGCGAGGUUCAAUAGCCCUGGCAUCCAAAUGCAGAUUUCGGAUGUGUUCAAAAUUCAACCUGUGUUUGAUUCUUCUUCUGGUCGCUAUGCCUGUGAGUUGAGGCCCAUCGGCCGGUCUUCGGAAGUGAGUCAACUCAGGACGAACGUGACACUGCGAGCGCGCGCCGCGUCCUGGGCCGGCGACGCCGCGUCCGCGCCCCUGGUGCUGCCCUUCAUGCCGGCCUUCCAUCUGGAGACGCAGGACGUGGUCCUUCCCGGCGGCGCGCCCGGCAAACUCGAGAUCAGGGCUGUGCCGGAGGUCAUUGCGCAGUUGCAGGUUCUCCCCAUUGAUGAUGGAUUGAUCUAUGUAUCCGGACCGCAAUACAACACUGAAUUCAGUGUUGAGUAUCAAAUCAGUUUGACAAGCAAAUUUUGGAGUAGUGCUGCUGUGAAUGAAAUUCAAUACAUUAAUGUGAUAUCUCUCCUCACCAACCAAACGGCAAAGGUUGCAGUGAAACUACGUUUGGAUCCAGAUCAGUGGGGUGCUCCAUGCAUGGUGGCUCCAGUCAGCUCUUUAGUUGACAUAGCAUAUUCAAAUCGACACUUACUCAUUAUGGUGUCAUCAAUAUUUGUAGUGUCGCUUGGCACUUUGUACAUUUAUGUUGCAUUUGUUCAGCCCAACAUGAGAACACCAGCUCAACCAUUCCUUCAAUCAGGCCCUGUUCAUGGUCACUCUCCUGGCAUACAGACUUUCUUAUCGCCAAGAAUGUCACCCAACAACACGUCACUAAUUCGGUCUAGUCCUUUUGCUGAAACUGAGCCUGUGUAUGGGGAUCCACGUUUGUAUUACAGCAGCCCUCGCCAACGUAAUCUGUCACCUGAAUAUCAAUGAUGGCUCUCAUAGAGUUUCUACAUUUGAAGUUGUCUAGUCAGGGAUGCUUCAUGAGCGGAGUUGAUUUGAAGGAGGACUGAUCUGAAGCUUGAGCUUUGUUCACUUCCCCAGACUCACAGCCUUUAUUUUUCAAUUCUGUUUUCCUUUUUUUAAUUAUUUAUGAUGUAACAAGAAAUAUCUUCUUUUGAUUUCAAACCAACAUGAUCACAAGGGUGGAGUGAAACAAGCGCUUAUUGCAUAUUGACUUGACAAUGUCCUGACUAUAUUUCAAGUGUUCCUGGCUGUGCCAUGUUUUAUUAUUUUAUGAGAACGCAGGAGUGAUUUUUUAAUUUUUUUGGGAAAAAAAAAUUUGCGACUUUGUGUUAUCUGUUACUGCUUACUGUUGUGAUAGUAUCAUAAUAAUUGUAACAAUUGAAGUUUGUGACUGGCAUUUGUAAUUCUGUCUUUUCUUUCGGCUUGAAGAUACACAACGUGCAUAAUCAUUCUAAUCAUAGGUAAAUUGUGCACUAUUUGUAUAAUGUUUCUAUUUUUUUUUCUGAGUCUGUUGGCAGAGUUGAACUGCAUUUGGCUUUUUAAAUGUGGUUUCACAUUUUCUACCCAUUUCUAUCCUUAUUAAAUUUCACACAAGUAAGCCUGAGCUGUGUUAAAAGUACAUGUUUUCCAUAUUCUAUUUUACAAUUCUAAGGCUAUUUAUGUACUGUUGGACUGAUAUUGUAAGAAUAGAAACUAGAAGAGGAGAUGCUUCCUAUCGCCUACAGAAUUGAAAUCUCAGGUUUUCCUUGUAGGGAUUGUGUUGUGUGCAUGUUACCUACUGCGAUAAAUGGUUUUGGUCAUCAAAUUUAGUUUUGUUAAUAUUCUUUUUGUUUGAGUUUAAGUGUUAGCACAAAGUAAGCCAGUGUUUUGUAAAUGAAUGGGAUCAACAAAUUUUGUCUUUGCCUUGAUAAUGUACUUAAAUAUUAAUUUAUUAGCUAAGCUGUCUGCCGCUAAGUUAGUUUUGUUAAGUGACAUGAAACACAAUUUUUUAAUGAUUUUAGACACUUUUUCAUUGGAGUCUUAGAAGACUCUGAAAAUGUUUAAAAUACUUCAAACGAUUUUGUACUCCUCUAUAUGUGUAAAUAGUUAAAGUGAAGAAAGAUUCAUCACACUUGACCUUUGCUCAAAUGUACCUGGAAAUAAUGUCAAUAAAAAAUUUCUUCCAAAGUAA